UUGUAGCAGUAACCGCAGAAAAUCCAAUAUGGUGUCUCUCGUUCAGCGGUUUACGUCGGAUGUACGUAUUUUGAGAUAAAAUCCUAGUCCGGCGACCGCAUAAAUAACAAUAAUGAUGAAAAUUCGAUUGAAAGGGUCGCGUUGCACGUAAAAACUCUCAUGCCACUGUGUCUCGCGCACGAUUGACAGCCGUAAAGGGAUCGGUGCCUCGAAGACAGUGGCCGAGAACUCCUGUCUUCCUAGGUGUGUAGACAAUUUUCAGACGUAAAAGGAAAAUUCAAAAAUGGAAACUGACAAGGUGGAGAGUAACACGGGAAUAAGUGAUUCGGAAGCGGCGACGAUCAAAAUCAAAGAGAAAAAACGGAACUCGAUCGCAGACAUCGCGACCUUAGAUAUCAAGUCGCGCCUUAAUUUGGACAAAACGGAGGAGGUUUGCAACGAGCCUCACGUUAACGGGGUAACUCAAGUGAACGGUGUCUGCGAUUCUCCUCAAAGAACUGCCGAUGUCGCCGAUCUUUCCCCGCAAUCCGAAACAAUGGAAGCUAGUCAUUUAAACCAACAUGAACAAGCAGAAACAUUAUCCAUGGAAAGUAAAGACAACGAUAUCCAAUAUGUUAGCUAUAUGAGUGAAUUACAAAUGCCUGAUAUUAUGAAAUUAAUACAGAAAGACCUAAGUGAACCAUACUCUAUUUACACAUAUAGAUAUUUUAUUCAUAACUGGCCGAAAUUGUGCUUCCUGGCAAUGCAUGGUGAUGAGUGCGUCGGUGCCAUCGUCUGCAAACUGGACAUCCAUAGGAAGGUGAUAAAGCGCGGUUAUAUCGCGAUGCUAGCUGUUGAUGUGAAAUUUCGAAAACGGAAGAUCGGAUCGAAUCUCGUGAGGCGAGCCAUCCAGGCGAUGGUGAAGGACGAUGCGGACGAGGUAGUUCUGGAGACGGAAAUCACUAACAGGCCAGCGCUACGUUUAUACGAGAAUCUUGGAUUUGUGCGUGAUAAACGAUUAUUUCGAUAUUACUUAAAUGGCGUGGAUGCAUUGCGACUAAAAUUAUGGCUCAGCUUGAGGAUGUAAAAGUAAAGAGUGAUAGCAAGAGACAGAAUCGAGAGUGAAAAGUGUACUGAAAAUAAUCAAUGUAUUGCUGCAAAUCACAUUGAUCAAAUGUACAUCUUGAAGCAUGUUUUAUAAUUACUUCAAAAGAAAUUUAUAUCGUUACUACUAUAAUUUAUAAGCAUGAAGAUUUUAUAUAAAAUUAUAAAUACAAAAUGUGUUUUGUUAUUAGAUAGAUGUAACUACAAAGAUGAAUGGAUUAAAUUAAAAGAAAUGAAAAAAUGCAUAAA